UCAUUGAUUGUAGGAGGAUUAAUAAACGAUUCGGAGUUUCAAAUAAACACUUCGCUGUACGUUCUGGAAUUUGCGGAUCCUUUCCAGUGUUUAGUGUCAGUGAAAAGCAGACAUUUACCGCCUGUCUUUGGACACACCUCACAUGUUUACAAGUGCUCGAAAACAAGUACAGUUUGGCUUCUUAUGGUCGGAGGUAUAGUACCAUAUUGUCCGUACAGUUUAAUUACAAUGUUCGAUUUGUCAGCAUUGAAUGUGAAGACUCAAGUCAGAGUGGGUGGCGAUUGUCUAAUGUCGAAUCAUUCCAGUCACAUUUUUGAGGACAAUUUGUGGAUUAUUGGCGGCGGUGGGUUUAUGGCUAAUUUUGGAACAUUUUUCAACAAUAAAAUCAAGUGUUACAAAAUGGACGCUAUUUUGGAGGCCACUAAAAAUGCGCCGCUUUUUCCGGCCAUGGACGGAAGCGAGCAUAAGGGACGAAUGGAGAAAAAGUCUGCUAAUGAUGAGUAUGCUGACUUCGAGCAGGAGUUGUAUUUUGAGAAGAAGCAGGAGAACUUGAGCAUCAGCAGAGUGUCAUCUUCUCUCAGCGGGGCUCAGGGAUCACCAACUGUGUCGCCAGCACCCCAGAAAACAACAGACACAGCCCAAAUAGAUGGUCAAAAAGGUGAGAAAAAGAGUGGAGCAGAAAGUGAUGAUGAGGGAACAGAGAAUCUAGACAUGAGGGAAACAUCCCAUCUGGAGAGACAGACUUCUUUCGCAUCUUCAGAGCAAAAUCCGAACCAGCGACAGCAGGAACAGACUAACAGUAAACAAAGAGUUAAAAAGGAUAAAGAUUUACACACAUCUCUCAAACAAGGCGAACAGAAAGGUCAGCAGCUAGAAGAGCCUGAAAAUAGUCAAAAUUAUGCAGAGAUGGAAUUGCAAGAAGCCAGAACGCAGUUUCAGACGCCGCAAAGUGGAAAGAAAGAAAAUAAAGGCCAACAAAGCGAAAAAGCUGUCAAAUUGGCAUCACUCGCGAAUGCCAAAAUUGGGAGCAAAGAAACUGUGAAAGCGAAAGGAAAACCAGUUGCAAAAAGCGAAGCAAAGAGCAAAAACUAAGGUUUUGCGAACAUAUUGUAAUAACAACUAUAAAAUGAUACACUUGUAGAUGUGAACAAAAUGCAA